CCAUCACAGGAACCAAACUUUAGCUAGUAGCCUGUAGUGUAGCGCAAAGCCUUGAUCUGAGCUUUUGACAUAAAUUCACCGUAUCACCGACUUUAAUGCUGCUAUGAAGCUUUAGGCGCAGUUAAUAAAAAGAGUCUUUAGGAAUGGUCUGAUUGGAGCAGGAAACAUGCACAGCCGUUUACAGGAGCUGAAGAAGGAGGAGGAGACGCUCCUCAAAAUCAAAGUGAUGCUGCAAGACCAACUGAACCGCUUGAAGUUUGAAGAAGGGGCAUUGAAGUCCAUCAUCAAUGCCCAAACAGAAGAAGGAGCCUCCCAGCGAUUGUCCCCUGAAAGUGAGGUCAACGUUAAUCUGGACGAUGAAAGCGAGAUCAAUCGAACCAAACUCUUGUUGAAUUCUGCCGUAGACUAUGACAUGGAAGAAGAAGAAGAGGAGGAAGAUGAUGAAGAGGAGGAGGAGGAAGAUGACAACCCUGAGUUUGUGCCUGAGGAGUAUGAGGAAGACGACGAUUACUGAGAUUUAGGAUGUCCGUAUUAACACCACUGAAGAACAGGAACUCUGUUAACAGGCACCAUUUUAUUAGUAUUAUGAGUCAAAAUAGGUUUAAUUUAUUUGAAAGGUGUAACAGUUACAGUGUAGCGUGUGGUGCUAGCAGUGAGCUCGUUCUUCCUGAUUUAAUUUGUCAUCUUGAUAUCUAAUUUUAGUACGGUAGUCGUGUGUGAAAGUUACUGGGAAAUGUCACACUGGUAUGCAGUAUUAUUAGGUGCUUAUACUGUAGCUUCCUCAACAUGUAGUGCAUUAUGAGGAUAGAAAACUAAGAUUUCACCGAAGAAUCAGAACUUUGAUGUUGAGAGAUGUGUCUAAUGAACAUUUGUGGCUGGGCCAUAAAAUAAGUUAAAAUGUCUGCAUUAUGUAUGAAAGAAGAACUGUA